CUCUUUUCUGGAAUUUCCAGAAACUACAACAACCCUUUCUAGUAUGGAUGAUUAUUGCAAGGCGCUAUUUGUACAUGGAGCUGAGAUGCUCUUGAGGCAACUCUUCACCGGUUUGAUAUCUAGCCGAGAGAUACCUUACUGCGGUUCUACAUACAAAUCGCCUGGAUCGGUCAAUAAAAGCUUCGGGACUACAAGCUGAUUAGAGUUUUCGAAAGCAUUAAGACGCUAGGGGCUCUCAUUAUGCGCUUCAUCUAUUAACAACUUGGAUUCCAGACUGUGCAACCGAAGCUUUCUGUUCCAUGGACUCGGGCACUACUGGGGUCCCAAAUGUGACCUCAUCAGAUGACCCUGGUGUCUUGCACGUGUGCGCAAGCAACGUUCUAGAGCAGAGCCCAAAUUCAUUCUUUGCGCUAUUUCCAAUGCCUAAUAUUUACACAGUCGCUCCUGGAAUACUACGCCUGAUUGCAAGCAUUCUACAUCGGAACAAAAGCACCGUGGCAAUCCCAUGUUCACAAAACGAACGGUUGAUUCAUUCUAAGAGCAUACCAUCCGAGCUCGGUUAGCAAGCAGACUAAGGAUCCAUUGCCGCGAAUCCCUGUCGCGUGUGUUGACAAGGAACGAUUUCCAAACAGGGUUGACCUUUUGGACGGUUGCCCUACUCGAGGGACAAGACAUUGACGUCUCUCAAGUCCGGCACCAGUCCAUUCAGCAUGUGCUAUCUGAUUCCAGAGCACAGUAUAUCCCAAUGCAGACGAAAUCAAGCUAUGGGAAGGUCAAUUGACACAGGAAAGGGUUGAAAUAGUUGUGCAUUCCUUGCUUUCUUCAAGGAGCACAAGGGCCCUGUCAACCCGG